AUGUGGGCAAAUCUAGUUAUUUCGUAUAUUAUAUUAGUUUUCGUUGUAAACAUUGCAUAUAUAUUUCAAAAAAAAAUACUCAAGUCCAGAAAUAAACUGACAGGUUGCCAUGUGUUAAUUAUAGGUGGUUCUGAAGGAUUAGGUUAUGCCUUUGCAAAGAAGUGUGUUCGUGAGAAUGCAAUUCAUGUAUCAAUAAUCUCCAGAUCAAAGUUAAAACUUGAAAAAGCUAUGAAUAAACUGAUUCUUUACAAAGAGAAGUAUAAUUCAUGUACAAAUAUCUCUAUACAUUCCUCUGAUGCAACAAAUACUGUAGAUAUACAGCAGACAAUAAGCAAUAUUUGCAAAUUAAAUGGAAAUAUUAAUGUCUGUAUUCUUAACGCUGGCUUUUCAGUAGCCAGGGAACUUAAUUCAACAACAAUAGAUGAUAUUGAAUCUUUAUUUCGCUUAAACGCAAUAAGUACAGUAGUAAUAGCUCAGUUUUUGCUAAAGCUCAUGAAACAGGAAGGUGGCACUCUGUUAUUUGUCUGUUCUGAGUCAGGUAUUAUAGCAACAUAUGGAUUCAGUGUAUAUGCUGCUACCAAAUUUGCAAUUCGUGGUUUUGUAGAUGCUUUGAAUAUGGAAUACUACAACUCUAAUAUACAUAUUGCAAUUACAUUCCCCCCUGCAAUUGAUACACCUGGAUUUCACAAAGAAAAUUUAGGAAAGCCGGCUUUAUGUAAAAAAAUUGAAAGUACUACAAAUUUAUUUAGUGCUGACAAGAUAGCUGAUAAGUCACUAAGUUAUGCACUCUGUGGUGAAAAGUAUAUUACAUUUGGGAAGUUUGGCUUGCCAUUGCUUUAUCUAUUAUCAACUACAUCACAACCACUGUCAAUACUGGGUAGUAUUGCGCAAAUAAUAUCUUUACCAAUCUGUAGGCUUGCAAUGAUAUGCUUUCAGUUCUGGUUCUCAGCAUUAGUAGGAAAAGAAAAAUACAAAGUCCAGUAA